AUUGAUACCAUGACGGAAGAGGGUUGGCCAAGAAAAGUGAUUGCAGGCACUGGAGUGCUGAAUGUUCAUCCAAUGCAUUCAACAGAUAUUCCUGCAGGUGGACCAAGACACAUGUCAGUAUCUGCACUCUGUCAAAUGCAGCAGGACUUGCAAGCCAAUGGAUAUUUACUUCUUCGUCAUGCUCUACCAGCAUCAAUGGUCAUGACAGCUCGACAGGUUAUUGUGAAAGACUUGGCAUCCAAUGGGUUUCUGGAUACAUCUGCAGUUGCUGAUAGAGAUACACCUAUUCAGCAAGACUUGCUACUGGAUAUCUCCAAAACAUUGCAUCAGAACUGCGUUCAAUGUCCAUUUACUACAGUUACAUCACCUCAGUUGCUUUCUCGACAAGACUGGAUCAAAGCUCAACCCGAGUUAAUGAAUGUACUGGAACAUCAGCACUUACAGGACUUGGCUGAUCUCUUUCUAGCCACCGAUUCCUCAAUACUUGUAGAUAAAACCACUUUAGUUGAUGACAUGGAUGAUUGUGCCAGAUCUGACACGAGCUGCGACAUACAAACAGAAAAGGAUACACCAUCAGCAAUGACUCUACCAUUCAAAUGGCUUAGAGCAGUUGGUACUGGUCUAUAUACUGGACUUCACUGCGAUCGAGUCUAUGUCGGACAUAUCAGUCAGCGUCAGCUCACAUUAUGGAUCCCAAUUGGUCAUGUCACGUCUUCUAUGGGAAGUAUUGUCGUCUCGAGUGGAUCGCAUCGUAAUCAAGUAUGGAAAGAUAUCAGAGACUCUUAUAGCCAAGGAAGAGCUGGUGUUGAUGGAACUCAAAGUGGGUGGUUGUGUUUAGAUCCGAGAGAGAUUGAAUCCAGAUUGCUGGCAAGCGCACCAACUGGAAUCCAUUCACUCGACUGGGUAACAACCGACUUUUGUCCAGGCGAUGUCUGCGUGUUGGAUCUGAAUGUUAUGCAUAUGAGUACAACCAACAUCACUCAUGAUUGGAGACUGAGUUGUGAUACAAGAUGGCUGAGCAUCUAAUACCAUCAACGUACUGAUAUCUUGACCCAGGUUGGUUUAUACUUGUAAUAAAAAUACACUUGAAGCAUU